CGCGCACACCGCGCUGCCUAGGUUGUUGUUCCGCGCCCCCCUUUAUGUUUUACAGAAGAGAUCCACCCGAAAGAACGAACAAAACGUUGUCUUCUUUGUGCUAUUCCGAAUGAGCUCGGUGGGAACUAACUGAUUGGGACGCGAGUAGAUUGAAAAGGACGGUGCGUCGCUUUCAGUUGCUGAAAGCGCUUUUUAUUCUUUUGCGUAAUUUGCCAGCUUCGAUAAUAAAGAGUGAAGUCGACGUUGAAGAAGUAGCAGAAGUUUUCUUGGGGAAACCAGAAGAAAAGCGACGAGUGCUUGGCAGCGAAGACCCGCCGCAGCCCCACGAACAGCUUGGACAGUACAGAAGGGAAUGACACGACCUAACAGCAGAUCAGUGCCAGUCAUCUGCUAGACCGCUCAUCAAGUUGCUGUACAGCAGCAUGCCUCUAUGUUUGCCUCCAGCACAAGCAGAAGCAUUAUGGAAGUGAAAGAGCGACGUCCAUACUGCUCACUCACCAAGAGCCGCAGGGAUAAAGAGGGACCGUACACUGGUUCAUCAGGAGACAGUGAAGACUGUACCAUUGGCUCUCAGGGACUACGAGUCCCGACUCAGAAGUCUUACUCGUCCAGUGAAACACUCAAGGCCUUUGACCAACACCAAGACCAGACCAGGUUACUGUACGGGACAACCAAGGGACACAAGGACAUGGUUCACCGUGAACAGGAUGAUUAUAACAGACAAGGUCAGCAUUUCAGUCUUCGUCAGCUGGGAAUCUGCGAGCCCCCGUCACGUCGUGGCCUGGCGUUCUGCUCUGAGAUGGGCCUUCCUCACCGCGGGUUCUCAGUUGGAACAACCCCUGACUUAGAUACUGAGAGUCAGGCUGUGAUGUCACCGGACCGCGCCAUGCGGCCAUGGGGCCGCGGCGGCCUGGGUAAAUCAUCCGGGAGGAGUUCCUGCCUGUCAAGCCGUUCCAACUCGGUGCUGACUCUUACUGAUACCGAGCAUGAGAACAAGUCAGACAGCGAAAAUGAAACCCUCACCUAA